AUGGCAAACUCAUCAGCCUGGACAGACGAGGAUAAACGAAUUUCAGCUGUCCGAGAUCCCGACUUUCCUCGAUGCUCUUACACUCGUGGAUGCCACCUGGGACAAGGAGGCUACGCAAGAGUCUAUAAAGUUCUCGAUCGCCGGACUGGACGUGUCUUUGCCGGCAAGACUUCCCCUGAAGCAGUUAAGCACUUGCGAAAGGAGGCCAGGAUCUUGAGGAGCCUUCACCAUCCCAACAUUGUCAAGUAUAUUGAAUACUUUGAAGAGGAGAAUGACCCGUCUGCCAACAUCCUCGUCAUCGAGCUCUGCGCUGGUGGGAGUCUGCAGGAUAUAAACAACAACCAUUCUGACGGUUUAGCAAGAACGGAUGCUCUCCGGGUCAUGCUUCAAGUCUCGCAGGCCGUCGAAUAUCUCCACGGGCUAAACCGCUUCCACGGAGAUCUCAAGCCGCGGAACAUCCUCAUCCGUACAUGGGAUCCUGUCGAAGUCGUUGUCGCCGAUUGCGCAGAGAUUAUGUCGAUCAAUCACAUGCACCACCACAAGAGGCCUCACGGAACGCACUCAUACUGGUCACCCUAUAUCUAG